CUUUGGCCAAACAUUCACUUUUGGGGAUCUCUCAAGCAAAACUCAACCGACUUCCAGAGAUACAACUUUUGGACCUUUUUCUUUCUUUUUUUUUUGGGACAACUUUGCAAGAAGCUUUUCUGAGGAGACAUGGUGUCAGCUGGCUUCCAGAUGCUGGGCACUGCCCUGUGCAUUAUUGGCUGGAUUGGGACCAUCGUUGUCUGCGCCCUACCCCAGUGGAAAGUGACGGCCUUUAUUGGUCAGAGCAUUGUCACUGCUCAAACCACUUGGGAGGGCAUAUGGAUGACCUGUGUGGUCCAGAGCACAGGCCAGAUGCAGUGCAAGGUUUACGACUCCAUGCUGGCUCUGUCAAAUGACCUCCAGGCUGCCCGCGCCCUCAUCAUCAUCUCCAUCCUGGUUGGCAUCGUGGCUCUGCUCCUGUCCAUCGCAGGGGGUAAAUGCACCAACUGCGUGGAGGAUGAGGGCUCCAAAGCCAAAAUCGGCGUGGCGUCUGGUGUGCUCUUCAUCAUCGCUGGUGUUAUGUGCCUCAUCCCUGUGUGCUGGACGGCAAACACCGUCAUAAAUAACUUCUACAACCCGUUGACGAUGGGCUCUCAGAAGAGGGAGCUUGGAGCUGCACUCUUCAUCGGCUGGGGGGCCGCAGGCCUCCUCAUCCUGGGUGGUGGAUUCCUCUGUGCCAACUGCCCUCCCAAGGAUAACUACUCUGCCAAGUAUUCAGCUGCCCGUUCAACUGGACCCAAGGACUACGUCUGAGGAGAGAAGAGACAAAUGAGAAGGCCAAUAGACUUGAAAAAAGACUUGAAUCAAAUAAGCAUCAGUGAUUUUUGGUUUGGUACUUUCACGUUGAGUUACAGCACCUCAGGAUUUGUUUCAUCAGUGGGAAGAUAAAGAGGUGUGCACCACACCCAGACAGCUGUUUAUGUGGACUGAGAGAAAUGCUUCAUCAGUGGGAGUGAAAAAAAGAUGCAUAUUAUACAUAUCGAACGUGUGACUUUGUGUUGAUUGAAUCUGUAUUACUUUUCCUUUGUUUUCAUCCAUUUGUACCCUUUUACAUUUCAUUUCAUUGUUCAAACUUGAAUGUCUGAAACUGUAAAUAAAGUUUU